AUGGGGGAUUCCAGCUCCAAGUUCUCCCACGCCUCGCCGGCGCUCUCCUAUCAACGUCUCUCGCAGGACGAAGUCCACGAGCUCGUCUCCAGCUUUGGUCUCAAUGAAUUCUCGCCGGCGAAGGCGCGGAUCUCCCUGCACUCGUUCCUGCGGCUGUUUCCGCCAGUUUUGCACCCAACGGCGGCGGUGCUGCUGCCCGUGCUCCGCGACGUCGUGCGCGUGCAGCAGCUACAAGCCCGUGGAUGGAGCAGCAGCAGCAUUCUGUUGACGAAAUUCGACAGCAGCGGGCAGCUCUCCUCCUCAAAGCUCACCUCGAGCGGAAGCGGCGGAUGCGCCAGCGGCCUCAAGGGCCUCGGGAACGUCGCCUGCUCCGCCAAGGGCGCGCGGAAGGGCGAGGAGACAAACAGCGGCGGCACGUACAUUACUCUGCAGGAGAUCGUUGACGCAGUCAGUGCGUGCGCUUACGGAGACAAGGAAGAAGUGCAGUUGCACAUGCUUCAGCGUCUCUUGUCCCGAUUCUCAAAGAUCCUGGAGGAGCAAAACAAACGGCAGAGACAGCAGGGCCCCUACUCGAGUGGCUCACGGUACCCGGAUCGAGCGGCCACCUCUCACCACGCCAACGUGACUCGAGGUCGCUUCGCCCUUCAUCACCACGGAGGCGCGACGACGAGCACGGCCAGCCCCUCGGUGACAGAGAGCCUGCAGACUGUCUCCGGGUCAUCUCAGCACAGCGGCCCGGGGACGGCAGCCGCGCCGGCGAUUGUGGGAGCCAUAAGUCUGCCUCCACCCCCCCUGUGCGGGAUUGAAGCGGUCCUCCAGCAGGUGUUUGUCUCUGCCUACCUGCUCUUUCUCGCCAUCAUCUCUCCUUCCAAUCCGAUAUUCUCGGCGACAGAUCCCUUCGUCUUUGCCCACAUGCCCCCUGGGGGGCCCUGCGCAGCCCACUCACAGCCCGCCGACGUCGGCUCCGCGGCCGCGGGCGGGACGGGCGAGCGGCAGCACGCGUCAGCCCCUCGGACGCCGCGCGCGGCGGAGAGCUUGCCGCGUGCCCCUCGGGCAAGGAGUGUCUCUCCGGCGCGCGCUCGAAACCGGGGCGCGGGCGCGUCCCCUCAGAGCCCUGUAGCCGAGAGCGAAGGGGCGAGGUUUCACGGUCAGCCGCAAGCGCGCCAGCCGACCUCAGGUGGCGGCAUGUCGGGCUGGGACACGUCGUCGUCAACUCUGAUUUCUCUUCCGUCCUUCACGCCUCUGGAUUUCUCUUUUCUCUUGAACGCGUUUGCCACCUCGCCUGCCGGCUGCGCUGCGGGCCUAUCGUCGAAGUCUGCGGAGGUCUCAGGCCCGGCUGGGGGCGGGGGCUCGGGUGUGAACGGGCCCGACGCGCCGGGGUCGGCGGCCGCCGCUGCGGGCGCGGGGACAGGAGGAGGGGCGGCCGGCGCCCCGGGCGCUCUGCAGUCCGCAGGAGGUGGAGGGUCAGCGGGGAACUCCGGCGGGAUGUCAUUCCAGGGGCAGAGUUCCUCGAAGCAACAGCAGCAAGACGCCCUUCUGUGGCUGCUGCAGAUUCUGCCGAUACUCCCCACCCUGUUUGUCACUGCCGUCAGGCACUUCCUCUUGGGGCCCGUUGACCCGGAGGCCGAGGAUGGGGCCCCACCACAGCAGCCGACCCUUCAGUAUCAGGUCUACGCGCAGCGCCGGCGAAGGAGCUCCACGAUGCUGUCGUCGCCGCGCCGAGGCAGCCGCACGCGGGCGAAUUCUCAACAGAACGAGCGACCGUCGCAGCGGAGCUCCAGCUUGGAUACUAUCUGCCACUGCACUGGCGGCUGGAGAGGCGACGGCCCGCUGGAUAGUAGCAGCAAGAUCUUCACAGACGAGACCGCAGUGAUGCUUCGCCUGUCGAGUCCGCUCUUUGCAUUCCCGCCUCUCAUUCCUUGGCGUCGUUUGUAUUCCUCGUGGAAACAAGGCGCCAGUUUCAAUCGCAUUUGCAGCAGCGUCUUCUUCUACGAUGCUCCAACCGUGCUCAUCGUCAAAACGAAGCGCGGACCGAUCCUCGGGGCUCUGAUCUCAGUGGAAUGGAAAGACGCAGGACAUGUCUUCUUUGGAGACUCGAAUUGUUUUCUUUUCAGCCUGGAGCCUCAGUUCCAGAUUAUCAGCUAUUUUUCCUUUGCGGUGCCCAGCGGCCUGGGAAGGAACUUUGUGUACGUGAACGUGAAGAAUCAGUUCUACCCCAAGGGCAUCGGAUUCGGGGGCCAGUCAGGGUGCUUCAGACUCUGGAUAGGCGACGAGUUCCAGAAUUGCUACUGCACGAAGAGCGACGCGACCUACGGCCCCGGGUUGUUGCUGCCGCCGAAAAAAGCCGUGUUUCGGCACAGAGGCCCGAGCCUUAGCACAGAGAGCAUCGGCUCGUCGGUCUCGCGGCGGACGGACUCCCUCGGGAGCGACGGAAAGGGGCCCGGGUGCCCGGCGGGGGCGAAUGGCGCUUCGCGCCCGACGGCCGCCGAAGGCGACGCCAGCGGAGACUACGCGGCUGAGCAAGACGAAGAGAAAAACGCCUUCCAAUGUCCCUUCGAAGUCCACGAAGUCGAAGUCUGGGGAUGCGGCGACGCUGCCACGCGACAGCAGCAGCUGAUUGCCAACAAGCGACAGGACCAGCUGCGACAAGAACGGCGCCAGGUAGACAAGGGCCGCUUCGCGCAGAAUGACUUCGACCGAGAGUUCCUCCUGGAAAACACCUUCAACCGCGCCAAGGGCGCCGACGCCCCGUCGACUUGA